GGUCAGUAUCGAGUCUAUGUCGCGCAAUAGCGGCUCGUCCUAACACCUUGCCAGAGCCACAAUACCUCCAAAAUGGGCGACGUGGAAAGAGUCUAUAUCACUUACAACCAGAUCCACAAGCUUUGCCAAGAUGCUGGUCCCCGAAUCCUCAAUGAUUUCCAACCACACCUCAUGAUCGCCAUUGGCGGAGGAGGCUACGUCCCAGCGCGUAUCCUGCGCUCCUUCCUCAAGAAGCCUGGCGCAGCCAACAUCCCCAUCCAAGCUAUCGGCCUCUCUCUUUACGAACACCUCCCCACCGACAAAGAAGUCGAGAAGCCCGGCACAAAAGUCACGCGAACACAAUGGCUGGAUCUGAGCAGCAUAGAAGGCGCCAACCUGAUUGGAAAGAACAUUCUCAUCGUGGAUGAGGUCGAUGAUACGAGGACGACGUUGGAAUAUGCUGUGAAAGAAUUGGAGAAGGAUGUGGCUGCUGCCGCGAAGACGCUCGGAAGAGAGGCUGAGACGACCAAGUUUUCGAUCUUUGUGCUGCACAACAAGGACAAGCCGAAGAGGGGUACUUUGCCUCAGAAUAUGGUUGAUGGGAAUCGCUACUUGGCUGCAAGGACCGUGCCGGAUGUCUGGAUCAACUAUCCUUGGGAAGCGACCGACAUCGAUGAGCACGAUCGCAUGGCCGCCAAGCAGACGAUUCAGUAAACAAUCAGCGGGACGCGAGAAGUGAUGCGGCAUGUGGCAACGCGAAGUAACACGGACGGGAGGCACGAUUGGAACAAAGCAAGAGCGAUACACCCAUAGAUGCGGGAAAAUCUGUCUUUGUGGAUUGGACAGGUUAGAUAAAUUUUGUCUCUUUCUACAGGAGCUGAGGGCGAAAUUGAUUAUACCUUGUGACUUUGAGAAGGAAAGGGGACCCACGCAGCACUUCCGAGGAAAUAGCGUCGACACUGCCCGACUUUCACCUUGAAAUCAUGGUUGUUUGAGAUCUACCCAAGAUAUCGCUAACUUCCUACACAGACAUCAUCCUGUG